AUGCCGGCUUACAUGGCAGUACUCUACCCCAACUCUCCCGAUUUCAAGGUUGACCACGAGUACUGGGCAACCACUCACAUGGCCAUGGUGGAGAAUGCCUUCAAGCCACAUGUCCUAAGCUGGAAGCUUUUCAAGUAUAGUCCUCCCCAACCAUGGCACAGCUCGUUCCUGGCUGGGUUCGCAGAGAAGAUGGCUGAAAGAUUGGACAGGCUCACGAAAAAUGCGGACGGUUCACCUCCGGAGUACAGCUAUCAAAUUAUCGUGGAAUGGGAUUCGUUGGAGAACUGCAAGAAGUGCAACGCGGAUCAAGUUCGCAAACAACCGGUUCAAGAUGACAUUGCGAAGUUUUCCAAUGUCCCUCCGAAGGUCAUUAUGCUAGGGCAGCUUGUAGGAGAAAAUCGAACCUGA